CGUAUGAACAGUGCUAGUGUCAUAGAGUGGAAUUGAAUCCGCCAAAAGGUCAAAGGCGUGUACAUACAAAGGCAUAGAAAAAGAGAAGGGAAAGACUGGUACCGAAACGUUUCUAUCUCUGUGUUGCAGAAAUGGAGAGUUUACAUUCUCACAAGGCGGAGAUGAUAAGCAUCGCCGUCGCACUAUUUGCCAUUGGCGCCGGCACCGCCUAUUAUCUCUAUAUCACCUCCAAGAAACCCAAAGGUUGCUUGGACCCUCAAAACUUCAAGGAAUUCAAACUUGUUAAGCGCACCCAACUCAGCCACAAUGUUGCUAAGUUUAAAUUUGCUCUUCCCACACCAACUUCAGUUUUGGGACUACCAAUUGGACAACAUAUGAGCUGCAGAGGAAAAGACAGUCUUGGUGAAGAAGUUGCCAAGCCGUAUACCCCCACAACUUUGGAUUCUGAUCUUGGAUACUUCGAACUAGUUAUAAAGAUGUAUCCACAAGGAAGGAUGUCCCACCACUUCAGGGAGAUGCGAGAAGGUGAUUACUUGGCCGUGAAGGGACCUAAGGGGCGUUUCAAGUAUCAACCCAACCAAGUUAGAGUUUUUGGGAUGCUUGCUGGAGGUACUGGGAUAACUCCAAUGUUCCAAGUUACUAGGGCUAUCCUAGAAAAUCCCAAUGACAAGACAAACAUACAUCUUAUUUAUGCCAAUGUCACAUACGAAGACAUUCUUUUGAAGGAAGAGCUGGAUAACCUUGCUAAUAAUUUUCCUAACCGCUUCAGUGUCUAUUAUGUUCUGAAUCAGCCUCCUGAAGGAUGGGAUGGUGGCAUAGGAUUUGUAUCCAAAGAAAUGAUUGAAAAGCACUGCCCUGCACCUGCACCAGAUGUUCAGAUAUUAAGGUGUGGGCCUCCACCAAUGAACAAAGCCAUGGCUGCUCACCUAGAAGCUCUUGGGUACACUUCCCAAAUGCAGUUCCAGUUUUAGGUCUGUUAUUUUCUCUAUCCAGAGUACAAAACAAAUUGGCGAUCGUGAUGUAGGUUGAAGAGUUUUUCAUAGUUUUCAUCUUAAGAUAGAGAAUUUUAGCUUGAUAUUGCUCUUCUACUUCCAAUAACAAAUGGAAGAGGCAUUUGGUUUUACCACAGUUUGUGGUUGAGAACAUGGAUAAAUAUACUACUAUUGAAACUGCAGAUGAUAAUACACUCUCUUCUCUUUUCCACUGUUCUACUUUCUAUGUAAAAUGUUAAAGAUAGAUAUAAAUCAAGAUUUUUUGCCAAAACGUUGAAGCUAAA